AUGGCGACAGUGAAGAGGGAAGACACGGAGAUGGGAACAGGGAGAGAAGAAGAAGAGGAGUCACCAAUAGAAGAAGUGAGAUUGACAGUGACCAACACCGACGACCCCACCAUACCCGUAUGGACCUUCCGAAUGUGGUUCUUGGGUCUGCUAUCGUGCGCCCUGUUAUCCUUCCUGAACCAGUUCUUCGCCUACAGGACGGAGCCACUCGUCAUUACUCAAAUCACAGUCCAAGUGGCGACGCUCCCUCUAGGUCACCUCAUGGCCAAGAUCCUACCGGCAACUAAGUUCCGAAUCGCGGGGUUCGGUGGGAAGCAGUUUUCUCUGAACCCGGGUCCUUUUAACAUGAAGGAGCACGUUCUGAUAACGAUAUUCGCGAAUGCCGGUAGUGCAUUCGGGUCGGGGUCGCCUUAUGCGGUGAGUAUCGUGAACAUCAUAAAAGCCUUCUAUGGAAGGAGCAUCUCCUUCGUGGCUUCUUGGGUUCUGAUCAUCACCACUCAGGUGUUAGGAUACGGGUGGGCGGGCUUGCUGAGGAAGUACGUGGUAGAGCCCGCCCAUAUGUGGUGGCCCGGUACCCUCGUCCAGGUCUCUCUAUUCCGAGCUUUGCAUGAGACAGAUGACCACCGGUUUUCCCGGGCAAAGUUUUUCUUUGUUGCGCUAGUUUGCAGUUUUUCAUGGUAUGUGAUCCCUGGGUACUUCUUCUCAACACUAACAAACAUAUCAUGGAUCUGCUGGAUAUUCUCCAAAUCAGUGAGGGCUCAGCAGUUGGGGUCAGGCAUGAAUGGCUUAGGACUUGGGGCCCUCACACUUGACUGGAGUGCUGUGGCAUCAUUCUUGUUCAGUCCUCUUAUCUCACCUUUCUUUGCCAUUGUCAAUGUUUUUAUGGGCUAUGCAUUGAUAGUCUACGUUGUGAUUCCUAUAGCAUACUGGGGCUUCAAUUUGUACAAUGCACAUACGUUCCCCAUUUUCUCCUCAGACUUGUUCACAUCCCAAGGCCAAGAAUACAAUAUAUCUGCUAUUGUCAAUGAAAAGUUUGAGCUAGACAUUGCAAAGUAUCACCAACAAGGUCGAAUUCAUCUAAGUGUGUUUUUCUCUCUCACUUAUGGAUUUGGAUUUGCCACCAUAGCAGCCACCCUGACUCAUGUUGCUUGCUUCUAUGGAAGGGAGAUUAUGGUGCGGUAUCGUGCUUCAGCGAAGGGAAAAGAAGAUAUCCACACAAAACUGAUGAAAAAAUACGAGGACAUACCUUCUUGGUGGUUUUAUGUGUUGCUGGUCGUGACGCUAGUGGUUUCUUCUGUGCUAUGCAUCGUUUUAAAAAACCAAAUUCAGAUGCCUUGGUGGGGACUUGUCUUUGCUUCAGCCUUGGCGUUUAUAUUUACACUCCCAAUCAGCAUCAUAUCUGCCACCACAAACCAGACGCCAGGACUAAAUAUUAUUACUGAGUAUAUCUUUGGUAUCAUUUACCCCGGAAGACCAAUAGCAAAUGUAUGCUUCAAAACCUAUGGUUACAUAAGCAUGGCUCAGGCUGUCUCCUUCCUUAGCGAUUUCAAGCUUGGUCACUACAUGAAGAUCCCUCCAAGAUCAAUGUUUUUAGUUCAGUUCAUCGGUACAGUGCUUGCUGGAACUAUCAACAUUGGUGUAGCAUGGUGGUUGCUGAACUCCAUAGAUAACAUAUGUCAUGAAGAUCUCCUUCCUGAAGGCAGUCCCUGGACAUGUCCCAGUGACCGUGUUUUCUUUGAUGCAUCAGUUAUCUGGGGUCUGGUAGGACCUAAGAGGAUCUUUGGUAGUCAUGGAAACUACCAAGCAUUGAAUUGGUUCUUCCUUGGAGGUGCAAUAGGGCCCAUAAUAGUUUGGCUAUUGCAUAAGGCAUUCCCCAAGCAAUCAUGGAUUCCCUUAAUUAACCUUCCCGUACUUCUGGGAGCAACUGGAAUGAUGCCACCAGCAACACCAUUGAACUACAAUGCAUGGAUUAUUGCUGGAACAAUUUUCAACUUCUUCGUCUUCCGUUACAGGAAGCAAUGGUGGCAGAGAUACAACUAUGUUCUAUCUGCAGCACUUGAUGCUGGAGUUGCAUUCAUGGCAGUUUUGCUUUACUUUACACUAGGCUUGGAAAACAAAAGUCUCACUUGGUGGGGAACUGGUGGUGAGCAUUGUCCUCUUGCAACUUGUCCAACAGCUAAGGGUAUAGUGGUUGAUGGUUGCCCUGUAAAUUGA